AUGACGAACCAACAUGCGUUACGUAGUCGAAUCCUCGUGACAGGUGCUAAUGGCUAUAUCGCCUCCCAUGUCGUCGAUCAGUUGCUUGGCCUUGGAUACAUGGUGCGGGGGACUAUUCGCGGCUCUAAGCCCUGGUUGAAUCAGUAUUUCGACCAGAAGUAUGGGUCUGGAUGUUUCGAAACAGUCAUUGUGCCUUCUUUUGAGGACAUGGGCGUUAUUGAAAGUGCACUAGACGGAAUUGAUCCGUCAUUCACUUGUCUGAUAAUACGGAAUCAACGGCAGGCUUCUGAUUUGACCUUUGGAUGUGACCCUAAUGCGGUGAUCCCGUGGGUUGUUCAGGCUACCCUGAGUAUCCUGGAAAUUGCGUCGCGGAAGCCUUCAAUCAAGCGGGUGGUCUUGGUAUCGUCUUCAAGUGCAACAUACCCCUUGACUCCGGACCCUGCAGGACGUCAGCUUCAUUCCGAUAUUUGGAAUGAUGCCGCUGUCAGAGCUGCAUGGGAUGAUAAUACUCCCUUGUCAGAACGAGCAGUCGCAGUAUAUGCAGCGUCGAAAACAGAAGGAGAGCGGCAGUCGUGGAAGUGGGUUGAGUCUCAUCGUCCGCACUUCGAGUUCAAUACGGUCCUUCCAUGCUUUGUUGUGGGCAAAAUUCUUCACCCUGAAAUACUGGGUUCUACAAUGGGCUCGGUUCGCGAGUUGCUUCAAGGCGACAGCACAGCGUUUUCGAAGUUCCCUGGACAAUGGUAUGUCGAUGUUGAGGAUACUGCUCGACUCUGUGCGCUCGGCCUGUUGGAUGACACCGUCAAGUCCGAACGGAUCUUUGCGUUUUGA